CUCUCUCCUCCCCUCGACGCCCCGUCCGUCUCGCAUCCAAUUCCACCUCCUCCUCUCCUCCUCGACGUCUCCGUCCCGGUCACCAUGUUCUCCGUUCGCCUCGCCCGCGCCGGCCUCCGUGCCUCCGCCCAGCAGUUCUCCGUGCCUCGCACUGCCGCCGUCAACGGUCUGAGGACCUAUGCCACCCCGGCCCAGGAUGUCAGGCCUCCUGUCUCCCUGUUCGGUGUGGACGGCACCUAUGCCACUGCUCUGUACACUGCCUCUGCUAAGUCCGCCAACCUCGACCAGACCUCCAAGGCCCUCGCCAGCCUCGGUCAGACCCUCAAGGCCGACCGCAAGUUGACCACCAUCAUCUCCGCUCCUACCCUCACUGCCAGCGACAAGCAGCAGAUCGUCCAGGAGCUGCAGAAGGUUGCUGGUGGCGCCGACAAGGGCGACAUCCUCAAGAACUUCCUCGCUACUCUGGCUGAGAACAACCGUCUCGGUCUGCUCGAGGGUAUCUGCGAGAAGUUUGCGACUCUCAUGGGUGCUCACCGUGGUGAGAUUGAGCUGAACAUCACCAGUGCUCAGGAGCUCGACACCAAGACCGUCAACCGUCUCGAGAAGGCCGUCUCCAAGUCCGAGUACAGCCAGGGCAAGAAGCUCAAGGUCAUCACCAAGGUCGACCCCGAGCUCGUCGGCGGACUUGUCGUCGAGAUCGGUGACCGCACCAUCGACCUCAGCGUGUCUUCCAAGAUCGCCAAGCUCAACAAGGCCCUCACCGACGCUUUGUAAAUUACCAUCUCUUCUCGAGACUUAUAAAAUCCAGAGAGAGAUGCGCAUGAAAUCUUGAGCGUCUCUUGAACCCCAUUUCUAUAUUUUACCCUCCUGUACCUCUACCGAAUCGAUCUACCUACCUACCUCCAUUGUUCUCAUCCUUACCUUCCUCCCUAGCUUCCUGAUUAGUUAGCAUGAGCUCUAGUUCUGGAGAUGAAUAGACAGAAUUGAGUUUAUA